AUGGAUAAUUGCCACAUUGGGGGCGAAGCCAAGCACCAAGCCAUCUUCGUUGAUGUCGGCGACAGGUUGUCCGUAGAGCAUCUCUUCGACUUCAUUAAGACUUGGUACCCUCAGCCACUUAGCAUAGUCGUCAGCUGUGCCGGCAUUCUUCACAUGGCACUUCUCGGCGACACUACAGAUGAGAUGUUCGACGAUGUCCUAAGGGUCAAUCUAAAGGGUACGUUCCUAAUCAACCGAGCUGCCGCUCGAGAGAUGCUACGCCAGGAGAAGGCAAUGCCCCAUGGAGGCGCCGCCAUCGUGAACGUGGCCAGUAUCGCUGCCAAAGCUGGCGGAUCAUACUGCAGCGCUUACGCCGCUUCCAAAGCCGGAGUCGUGGCUCUGACGAAGUCGGCGGCUCAGGAACUGGCGAGCCACAGCAUCCGCUGCAACGCAGUUCUUCCCGGUUGGACGGACACGCCCAUGACGGCUGCACUAAGUCAAAAGCGCGCAAACACUCCCGUAUCUCCAGCGCUCCACAGAAGACCAGCCCAGCCGCGGGAGAUUGCCGAGGCUAUCACAUUUCUGUGUUCGCCAACUGCUAGCUCAUUUGUAACUGGCACAGCGCUUGAAGUCAGCGGAGGAUUCGAUAUGUGA